AUGAGAUACAAUCACGUCCGGAGAGCCCUCGACUUGUUCACCAUACCCCGACAAGGCGGCAAUCAUCGAUGUCUUGUCCAGAAACCAAUGUGGGAUAGCUUCAAGGAUCUCUUGAACAGGAACCCCACGCACCGUUUCACGGACGAGCUGCUACGAGCUGGGUUGUCGCAGGUGUUCCUUGCCCUCGAUUACCUUCACACAGAAGCCAAGGUCAUACAUACAGACAUAAAAGCCGACAACAUCCUCAUAGAAAUCGAGGAUCAGGACAUCUUGAAAGCCUUUGUCGACGCCGAAAUGACCUCUCCCUCGCCUCGCAAAGUCGUAGAGGGUAAGCCAGUCUACGCGACACGUCAAUUUGGAUUACCGAAAGAAUACGGUCGUGUUGUCCUUGGAGACUUCGGCUCUGCAGUUCGCGGCGAUAAACCCCAGAUCCACGACGCGCAACCAGACGUCUACCGCUGUCCAGAGGUUAUGCUGAAGACUGAAUGGGGCUAUCCAGCUGAUAUCUGGAACGUGGGAGCGAUGAUUUGGGAUCUAUACGAGGACAAGCACCUCUUUUACGGCAUCGAUCCAAUCGAAAAGCGUUACCUCACUAGAGCCCAUCUCGCGGAGGUAAUCGCGAUGCUCGGUCCGCCGCCGAUGGAUCUGCUAGAGCGCGGAGCGCGGAGCAAAGAGUUCUUCGAUGGUGAAGGGAAUUGGAUAGCCGAGAUAUCUAUACCGCGAGGCUUGACGUUGGAGAAAUCAGAAGAGAAUCUAGAAGGAGAGAAGAAAGAGGAUUUUCUGCGGUUUGUGAGGUGCAUGUUGCAGUGGAGGCCUGAGGAUCGGUGGACUGCGAAGGAGUUACUUGGGCAUCCUUGGAUGAGAGGGAACUGA